CACUCAACUUUUUCCUGCGUGCCUGCCAGCGCCCGUCCCCGAACAGACUCGAACAUUCCGCAAGCCGCCUCCCAGGGUUAUCGUCACCUGCCGGUUCCAUCACCAGACACUUCGGCCGCGACAUUUGACGUCUGGGACGUCACAGGUCGCUACGAUGCAGGCGCUCAUUACACCUGUUUCCAGUGGGAGCCCACCGCCCGUCAUCCGGCUCAUGCAGGCCGCUGCCGUCCUCCUCGCAACCUCUGGCGCUGGCAUGAGUGCCGCACUUUCUUUCUUUGUCAUCCCGCGCAUCCUCGAGGCCCGAAGCGGCAUUGACGUCGCCAAGCAAUGGAUCAAGAUGCACGCGGCAACACAGCGAUACUUGCGCAUCUGUAUGAUAUGGGUGCCCAGUGUUCUUCAUUUAGCGCUCGGCCUCAAGAUCCCCAACAGGACUCGCCUCUAUUACUUUGUGGCCUGCGCCACUCUCAGUUUGGUCCCAUGGUCCUACACGCGCCUAGACCCGAUUCAGUGGAAGAUGGAGAGGAGGGAGAAAAUGCACAAGGAUAAGGACGACACGGGCCCUUUGGUUGAGUACACCCCCUGGGGGCCGGAGGACGCCUAUGGUCUGACGAAGCUUUGGGGAUCACGAAACUUAUACCCUUCAGCUGUCAGUCUUCUCGCGGGGUGCGCCUCGCUAUACGCGGCUAUGGCGUGACAAGUUCCCCUUGUGCCGCCGGGCAGGCUAUAUUGUACUUGUAUUGAGGACAAGUCUGCCAUUUCUCGCUUGCUCCAAUUCCAAUGCGGCUUGCUAAUUAUACAUCCCAAGUACAUGUAAAAAAAUCUUAAUUCUAUACAUUCUCUUGGAUGGCGUAAAUCCUGGCGUCACAUGAAUUCUACUUGGAUUACAGAUGCAGGAGAGACCUUGGACACUUCGUAGCAUGGGCGACUGACGCGUAUAAGACAUGGCGGUGUUAAAUCUUUUCAUAGCACUCAUUCGUCUCUUCGUCCUCACCAUAGCGACCAGCGGACUAAUGGCGUUAUUUGAUAUCCAACAAGUGUACUUACUUAUAGCGUACUUAGCUGAUGAAAUCUACCACGAAUCAGAAGGGUGCUAAUACCUGUUUUGAGCUGUCCUGCAUCGGC